CGCGCGCACUGAGCAGGGCCAGUCGCAACCGUGAGUGGGUGUGUGACACAUGGAGUAGGUCGAACUCCUCCGAGGACAGUUUGGAAGGCAUUGAUCAGGGGAAACACUUUUACAAGCUAACAGCAAAAACCCCACAUGUUUGCUGCCAUGCGAGUGGAACUACAGCAGAGCGAGAAUGAGGAGAACUCGGCGGCGAACUCGAUGCGUCUGCUGGUGAACCAGCUGAAGGAGAUCACAGGCAUCCAGGACAUGGAGCUCCUGCAGCGCGCUCUGGUGGCGGCCCAUGGUGACAUCAUUAAUGCUAUCUCCUUGGUGACGGCCCCAUCACAAGAGGAGGCCCCGGCACCUGAGGAGCCUUCUGGAAGCGAGGAGAACCGAGAGGCAGAGAUAGCCGCACAGAGAGGUGAUGUGAAAGAUGACCUACAGGCAGCCAUUGAGCUCAGCCUACAGGAGAACCAGAAUGGAGACAGCAGAGAACACAACAGGCCUGUUGAGAAGAUUGUGAUCCAUGUGAAGAGGAAGCGUUGUGAGCCCAUGGUGGAGAGCUGCAGCCCCGCUGACCUUAUUCGCCAUGACAACUGGCCCGUGGGAAUCCGUAACGUUGGCAACACGUGCUGGUUCAGCGCCGUCAUUCAGUCUCUUUUCCACCUGCCCGUGUUCCGAAGGCUGGUCCUGAACUACUGUCUGUCUGAGCGCGUGUUGGAGAAGUGUAAGAGUCAUUCAGAGAAGAGGAACAUUGCCUUCAUGCAGGAGCUCCGGUGUCUCUUUGCGCUGAUGUUGGGUUCUACGCGUCGCUUUGUGGAUCCGUCCGCUGCAGUAGAACUCCUCAGAGAUUCCUUCAGAACAAGUGAGGCCCAGCAGGAUGUCAGUGAGUUCACCCAUAAACUCCUGGACUGGCUGGAGGAUGCAUUUCAGCUGUCUGCUUUUGGAAAUAACCCGGACGAUAAGAAGGACAACCCCAUGGUCCAGCUCUUCUAUGGGACAUUCUUGGCCAAGAGAACUCAUGAGGGCAAGACCCAGUCCAACAUCGAGCCGUUUGGCCAGUACCCUCUCCAGGUGAACGGCUUCAACAACCUGGACGAGUGUCUGGAGGGGGCCAUGGUGGAGACGGAGGUGGAAGCAGCGCACGCAGAGCAGACGGUCCCUUCUGGACAGGAGCGAUGGUUCUCCAAGCUUCCGCCCGUGUUGACCUUUGAACUGUCGAGGUUUGAGUUCAACCAAUCACUGGGGCGCCCUGAGAAGAUCCACAAGAAGCUGGAGUUUCCCCAGGUCAUCUACAUGGACAGAUAUUUGCACAGGAACGUGGAGCAGACCCAGAACAGGAGAGGAGAGGUGCGGAGGCUGAAGGAGCAGCUCACUGCCCUGCAGCAGAAGCUGGAGAGCUAUAAGAACUUCGGCUCGGGUCCGGUGAAGUACCCUCUGGCGGACAUGCUGCAGUACGUGCUGGAGUUCGCCUCCACCAGACCCAGCAGCGCCCCCCCCACCCAUACCGAGCCCAGCGCAGACGACGCACCAUCUGAGGUCCCAGAGGGGACGGCCCCUUCCUCAGACACCCCCCCUGGGGUUCCGUCUGCCCCCUCCCCCACGCCUGCUCAGCGCACCCCCAUCCACAAGCCCUUUACUCACUGGCGCCCCCCGCAGGACGGCCUGAUGCAGCCGGCGCCCCACAGCAUCUCUGAAGAGGAGCUCCAGGUGGUCAGGGCCUGUGUGCAGCGAUGGAGGGCGGAGGUGGAGAGCGACCUCAACGAGUUGAAGGCCAGUAUUGAGAGGGUGAGCCACGAUCUUGAGCAGAUCUACUCAGACACCAGCCUGUGUCAGGUGCCGUACCGGCUGCACGCGGUGCUGGUGCACGAGGGCCAGGCGUCGGCGGGACACUACUGGGCCUACAUCUACGACCACGGCCACCGGCGCUGGCUCAAGUACAACGACGUCAUGGUGAGCGAGUCGUCCUGGGAGGAGCUGGUCCGGGACUCGUACGGAGGGAUGACCAACGCCAGCGCAUACUGCCUCAUGUACAUCAACGACAAACUGCCCGACCUCACUGAAGAGGACACUGACGGAGACACAGGGCAGGUUCUAGAAGGAGUGGACGCUCUGCCCCCGGUCCUGCGGCGGUACGUUCUAGAAGACAACCGCUGGUUCCAGCAGCAGCUGCGAGAGUGGGAGGAACAGGUCCACCAGCAGAACCAACAGAACCCUUCACCCUCACCCCCCCAAACACAGGACCCAGAACCACCUCACCAGGAGGAGGAACUAGAACCAGAUCAGGAACCAGAUCAGGAACCCGAACAGGAACCAGAUCAGGAACCCGAUCAGGAACCGGAUCAGGCACCAGACCAGGAACCAGGAGAGCCACAUGAGGAAGCCAGCAAUGAAGAACCCAAAGACCACAUCUGCCCCCAGCCCCCCCCAGACUCUGAGUCAGGCGAGCCCAGAGACGUGAGCCCUGAGGAGGGAGCAGCGCCUGAGUCUGCCCCCCCGAGCACCCCCCAGCACAGCGGAACCCCCCAGCACAGCGGAACCCCCCAGCACAGUGAGAACGAGGAGACGGGGGAACAGACAACAGAACACACGCAGGAGGAUCAGGCUGUCUCCACGGAAACCCAGCCUGACAGCACAACUACCCAGAAUGCCCCAGAAGAGGGUGCAGCCACCUCUGGGGUUCCCCUGGAGACGCAACCCCAGGAGGACGUGAUGUCAGAGGUGGAUAUUCCGAACGUCGGGAAGAUCCAGGUGCUGUCCAACACAGAUGGCUUCAAUGAGGAGAUGAUCCUGACUCCAGCCAUGCAGGGCAUCAUUCUUGCCAUCGCCAAAGCCAGUAAGGUCAUAGACAAGGAGGGGCCUGAGGCUGGCCUCAUUAAGGCAUUCCAUGAGGAGUACUCUCGUCUCUUUGAGCUCUCUCAGGAGAGAACCACGCCCCAACAGGACCCGCGCCUCCAGCAUGUUCUUGUCUACAUGUUCCAGAACCGAGCGCCCAAACGCAUCAUCGAGAGAACCCUGCUAGAACAGUUUGGCGAUCGCAACCUUAGCUUCGACGAUAGAUCCAUCAGCAUCAUGAGAGAAGCUCGCUCCAAAACACGCCUCAUCAAACCAGAGGACAUGGACAUGGAGGAGUACCUGAAGUGGCAUGAUGACUACAGCAUCUUCAAGACUGUGUUUGCCUACCUGCUCACAGGACUGGAGCAGUACCAGAAUGGAAAACUGAGGGAGGCUCUGAACUACCUGGCUCAUGCGUACCAGGACAACGCCACGCUGCUGACGGGAGGAGAGAGGAAAGGAGUGGAGCAGACCCUCAUUGCACUUUACAGGAGGAAAUGCCUCAUGGAGGUGAACGAGUGGGCGGAGCGACUCUUUAAGGGUGAGGAGGAGGAGGACGGUGUGAGCAUCGUAAACGAGUGUGUGAUCCCCUGCCUGCACCUCAUGACCAGAGAGGGUGUGUGUCAGGAGGACCUGGACGCCGUCGAGCACAUCAGGAGUGUGUGGUGUGGAUACCUCGGACAGGACAUGAAGGAUUCCCGUCAGGAGAAGCUCAGUGAGUUCUUGCCCAGAGUUCUAGACGGUUCUGCUGAGAUGGUGGUCCUAAAGGAACCUCCCAAAGUCUAUCCUAACUCUCCUCACGACCUGGAGAGCCGACUGGCGGCCGUCAUGGAGUCCAUCGGCGGUUCUUCCAUGGUCACGGUCAAAUAGAACCUAGAACCCCGCCGCCGUGUGACUCUCCUAAAAGAACUGCUCAAGCACUACGGCAAGCCACCUGAGCUUUAGAAGUCUAGCACUACGGCAAGCCACCUGAGCUUUAGAAGCCAUUGAAUAGCACCAGAGACUUCACACGCUUGAGGAUCCUCCGUCAGCUGGGCUCUGCAGAGGACUAAGAUCACCUCUUGACUAAGACCUCCAUGUCAACAUCAAGUCCUCUCCAAAUAUUCAGUACUGGCCAACAGUUAACAUAUCGCACAACCAAGAGGCUUUAUCCUGAAUAUUUGUUUCCAUCACAUUAUGAUAUUUAUGUUGUUGCAAUUCUGUAUGCUGAGAAGGAUAAGUGUGGUGUGGUUAGAAUAACUUGAACCGGCUUCUUUCUAGUGACUUUUCUGACACUGUUGAAACUGUACGAUUUUGAAGAGCAAGUACUGAGAAGGUGAUGUAAUGCCUGAUCUAGGUCGUCGCUAUAGCAACCACGCCCUGAGGAUGCACGCUAACUUGUCAAACACUGGAUUGUUUGUCGCACCAUUACUAAAAUGCAAUGUAGGAAUUUUUAUAUAUUUUUACCUUAUCAAGAGAAAUUAAUUAUAACACUGAUUUUUUUUUUGUUUGUUUUGUGUAUGUGCUUUGAUGGAAAUGUGCUUCUGAUUUAUCUGGCAGUCUUCUGGUGUUGAGAUGUUAGCUGUGGCUUGUGGCAUAAUGUAUUGGUUAGCGUUAGCGCUGUGCACACAGUCAUAGCAAAGCUAGUUUCAGAGCUAAAGGCAUAAUGUAUUGGUUAGCAUUAGUGCUGUGCACACAGUCAUAGCAAAGCUAGUUUCAGAGCUAAAGGCAUAAUGUAUUGGUUAGCAUUAGUGCUGUGCACACAGCCAUAGCUUAGCUAGUUUCAGAGCUAAAGACAUAAUGUAUAGAUACACAUGUAUGUAUAUGAACUGGGAAUGAUCUCACUGACGUAACACAUGUCACUGGGGUGAUGGUUUGAUGCCAUGUCUUCUUACUGAGUAGUUCUUAAGUAGCGACUAGCAAUAUGAGAUGUUUUAAGAACUAGCAAUAUGAGAUGUUUUAAGAAAAUAUUUUAAUGGAAACCUGCUUAUUCUUUACCGUGAAUGCAUUAAUGCUGUCAGACUGGGGUGAGUUCACCCAAAGAUGAACAAUCAUUUAUCUUGCAGACGCAAAAUCACCACUGUGGUCUAUUCUAUAGGAGAACGAACCACGACUUCUCGCACAAAAUCACUAAAAAUGAUUUUUACAGAUGUUCGGUAAGAUUUCUUGCAUUGCCUUUAGUAAAAUGUUUUUAGAAAGCUUUUACACUAAAAGCUUUUUUGGCUGUGACGGUAAACAGGGAAAGUCACGACUGCAGUGAUGUGUAAAAGUCCUGCUUUUGGGUGUGGCUCUGUGUGGUCACGUGUCGCACCAUGUAAGUCACGUAGCGUCACGUAGAAGGCUUCCUCACGUCUUUGCAUACAGCAGCAGGUCUUUCACAGCUUCUAAUAAAAGGUCAAAAGGUCAACCUCUG